AUGGAAACUGCACCCAGCAAAGGCAGCCACAGUUAUUCUGUUGGCGACCUCAUCAUGUGCUGCGACCCGUUGGUUUGGGUGCUGGAGAGCGGCGCGUACAAGACGCGUUGUGCGUACUGCUUCCAAAAAAGCCGGAAAUUGAGCAGAUGUUCUGGAUGUCAACUGCAUCGCUACUGUAAUUCUGCCUGUCAGACCGCCGACUGGAAAAUAGAGCAUAAAGAGGAAUGCGGAUUGCUGAAGAAGUUCGGUACUGGAGCAUGUCUGCCAUCCGAGCAUGGACCACUGGGAGAAACAGCGUCGGGCAACUAUGCCGUCCCUACGGAUAUGAUCGCCAAGUUGGCCAAUAAAAUCAAGUUAAAAACAAUGAUGAACAUCCUGGGAAUGGGUCAAAAGUCUGCCAAAGAUCUUCUGCUCAUGUUGCCGGCAAAUCCAUCACAAUCCAGAGUCGAAGAGGAACUGCAACCAACAGUAUCUGCUAUGGAGUCGCGAAAUUCCUUGAUACUCGGCUUAACACCAGCGGAAUUUCUGGCCUACUACGGAAUUCUACGCUACAACCUUCUGCCCAUUUACGAUAUGCUGGCCACACCGAUCGGCUUAGCCGUGUAUCCACAGGCACCGCCGGGACGGAUGACGCCGGUGUGCUGGGACAUCAACGUGGUGCUGCACUACCGCGGACGCCGGCUGGUUAUGCAUGCCGUUCAGGACAUUCCGAAUUACACAGGACUUGGGGAUUUACGAUUCAACGACACCCGGCAGCCAUUUAACGUACCGCGAGCAGAGCGUCGCGCAAGAUUUGAACAGCGUUACGACUAUCCUUGUACUUGUCGCCGAUGCACAGAAGAAUAUGAAGCGGAGAUUAAUUCGUUACGCUGCGUAACAGAGGGAUGCACGGAGCGGAUUCCCAGCGACAGCCGUGCACAGCGAGCCUGCUCGGAAUGCGGCGCUAUCAACAGUGACCGGCUAACGCAGUUCCAUCGGUUCCUGCAGCAGCAGGAGAGCAUCGCGCGCUGUCCACAGGAACUGCACAGCGGCAUGCUUAUGGCGCUGUGCAAGGAAAUGGACGCGGCGGGCAUCCUGCAGCCCGAUGCGCAUAUCCGCCUGGUCUGCGGAGUGGAAGUACCGGAGAAAUACUACGAGGAAAACCGCUUGGAAGAGGGCUGGCAGAUGGUGCAAGAUUUGAUUGUCUGCGCACGUGUUACGGCGCUGCACAAGCGGGUGCUGGAGGGAGUCAAUCAACUGUCGAAACCGGAGAGGGAAAAGCUGGAAACAUUAGCCUGGCAAGUGUGCCAUUUCGCGCUUGAAUAUUGUGAGGAAGGCAUGGAUAUUUUGACGUUGCUCUUUGGGAAGAAGUCAAAAGAGGCCCAACGCUGCUGUGCUGUGCUGGAGGACGUGGUGGUAAAAAUUCUCCCCAUUAAGCUGGCUUUCCGCGGCAGCGAAUAG